UUUUUUUCUAACAAAUCAAAAUAUUUACAGUAAACAAUCAAAAUUGUUUUGCAUUUCUUUUCAGCAAUAAUUAGCAAUAAUCAGCAUGACUUCAAUUGUGGCCAUAAUCUUGGUCAGCAUCUGUCACUUGCUGCUGCGCACUUCGCUCGUUGUCAAGCAGUUCAGAUCGAAUGUGCCAGAGGCGCCCGAGCUGGCCACAGUUGUAGUCUAUUUAGCCAUCAUGGUGCAGAUCUAUCAGAAUCGACUGGUGCCCAUGUGCUGGAGCCACUUUCCCGCCUGGCUGCGAUUCUACAUCGAUUUGGUGGGCACCGUGCUCUGCAUUGAGGUUUGCCUGCGCAUCUUCUGGUGCAGCUGGGAGUAUUUUAUAGCCCAAUUGCUGGACAGCUGGCUCGAUAGGCAGAGUCAGCUACGCUUGCUGUUGCUUAAGGCUUUGAUUUGGCUUUCAGCCUUGGCCGUAGUGGGCCACUGUGUGUAUUGCAAUGCUAAAGUAAAUUUUUUGUGCAAAUCGGUAGUCGAUACAUAUAAAUGUUCGUAUAAGAGAAAAGAGAGAAGAGCAGAAAAUAUAUAUCUGUAG